AUGAGGUCUUUACGUUGGAAAGAAUUUACCUUCGCACGGGUAUUAUUGUUCGUUGUGCUAUGUUUCCACAAUUCUGAAACAUCGUUUAGCUGUAACUGUGUCGCGGAAAGCCUUUGUCCAGCGCCGGAUGUGGAUUUACGGCUUGUCGCUGCGGACGAGGAAUGUCCGGUGGGAAUGUUGUGUUGCGAUGUGCCGGUGGAUGACAAUCCGACCCGUUUAUCGGACGAAUUAGACGGACCGUUCUGUGACGGGGCGUGUGUAUCGGAUCUAUCCGAGUGCGAUGCAUGUGAGGAGUGCGAUGAGUACGGCACGGAUGUAAUUGACAUCCGUACGGACGAUGACAAACGUUGUCCCGUCAGUCAGUAUUGUUGUGGGACGAACCUGGAACAACCUGCAGCAUGUGACGGAACGUGUCUACCGAGAUCUCAGUGUACAAUGUUCGCACCUGGAGUAGACUGUGGCGAAGGGAAUGUUUGCUGCCGUAUGGAACGUACAUCGUGGGUGGAUAUGAUCAACGAUAUCAAUGGCAUGGCGGGACCGGACACCGACGACGCAGGGCGGCGUCCGUGUGCGUGGGGCGAACUGCAAGAAGAUGGUACCCGUGUUCCGCCGUGGUUGGUUUCGGUCUGGGCAAGGGUUGAAAUCAUACCCGGUCUUCAAGCCGAUCAGUUUGUCUGUGGUGGUGUACUGGUGGACCAAUCGCUAGUACUGACGACGGCAAGUUACGUGCAAAAUCUGCCCAAGGAGGAACUGUUUGUAAAUGUCGGCGAUUACGAUAUAUCAAGCCGUUCUGCGCUACGGAUGGCAAAUAUCUACACCCUGGCGGAAAAAAUCAUCCACGAAGACUACCGUCCAUCCGAACCAGUGCGCAACGAUGUUGCACUGUUGCGCCUGACAGAAAAGGUUCGCAACGGACGGUGUGUUGCAACGCUUGCUGCCUCAUCUGAGAAGCAGCCAGACAGCAGCUGCUACACGAUCGGAUGGAACCGUACGCUGCUUGCCACGAGUUCCGGACAUCCCAAACAGUACCCGGUACAAGUGACCACCUUCCAGGACGAUCUGUUUUGCGCACCCGGGACGAUCUGUCUCGAUCAUGGAGGAGACCGCUGUAAUGAUGACUCCCUAAAUGGUUCGGCAGUGGUCUGUAAGGAAGGUAGAUCGCAAGAUGGCUGGAUGCUGAGAGGAUUGCUGGUUAGCAACUGUACCGGAGUGGCGAUCGAGAGUGUUAACGCGUGGUUAAAUCACCAGCGAAAUCCUGGAUUCGUUCAGCAACCAAAACCAGCCGAUCCGUCCCGUCAGUACUUGCCUGUGCUAUGACCGUUGCAAAAGCUGCAUUCUAGAACUCG